AUGCCAAGUCUCGUGUCUCUCGAUGUGCACUGGUACAACCUGUACUGGGACGCAGGCAUUCCAACAUGCCAGGCAGCUGUCCAUGAAAACAGCCCGUCUGAUGGCAGUCGAGGGGGCUCCGGUCUCGGCAGUAUCAGCAAUUUGGCUAACGGAAACACGAAUAUAACAGCCGCCGACUACCUUUUUAUACGAAAUCUGGAAGUAUGCCGCCUGAGCGGUUUGUUCGUGAGCGAGAAGGAUCUCGUCCUGCUCUUGGAAGCAAUAAGGCCCUCGUCACUCUUCUUGACGCACGUUGAUCUCGUUGAAGGCUCGUGGGGCAACGUGUUUUCCAGACUGUUCACAGUCCCAGACAGCCACGUCACAUCUUACACCCUUGAUGACCUAAGAGAGCAUCGCCGAUUCCCGAGUUACCGGGUGAUCCACUUUAACGGCGUCCGUAGCUAG